ACCUUCUAGAACAGCCUCGAACCUAUCGAGGCCGGCUCCACUUCAAUAUAUAUUUUAUCAGGCUUGCUCAGCAACUUUUCUCCCAACAGUAUCAACAUGGUAAAGGAAACCAAGCUUUAUGACCUAUUAGGCGUCUCUCCCUCCGCGUCGGAGACCGAGCUUAAGAAAGCAUACAGAAAGACUGCCUUAAAGUAUCACCCUGAUAAGCCCACUGGUGAUACCGAAAAGUUCAAAGAAAUUUCAGAAGCGUUCGACAUUUUAUCUAAUGAAGACAAGAGACAAAUCUACGAUGAUUAUGGUUUAGAAGCAGCCCGUGGUAACGCACCUGCCGGAGGUGCUGGAGGAGCCGGAGGAUUUGGUGGAGGUAGUCCUUUCGGUGGAUUCAGCGCUGGCGGUGGAUUCUCUCAGAAUGAUGCUUUCAACAUUUUCUCCCAAAUGGGAGGAUUUGGAAUGGGAGGUGGUGGUGAUGACUUCGGUUUUGGCGGUGGCCACAGCUUUGGAGGUGGUGGCAUGCCAGGUGGCUUUGGAGGCAUGGGUGGUGGCAUGGGCGGACGUCAAGCUCGUCGUCCCGAGCCCGAUACCGUGACUCUUCCAUUGCCUGUCUCCUUGGAAGACUUGUACAACGGUACCGUCAAGAAGAUGAAGAUCAACAGAAAGGGUCUCAAUGGUCAAAGAGAACCAAAGAUCAUUGAAAUCAGCAUUAAGAAGGGAUGGAAGGUCGGCACCAAGAUCAACUUCGCUAACGAAGGUGACUACCAACCAGAAUGUGGUGCCAGACAAACCAUCCAGUUUAUCCUCGAAGAAAAGCCUCAUCCUAUUUUCAAGAGAACAGACAAUGACUUGAGCAUGACUAUCCCAUUGAGUUUCAAGGAAUCAUUACUCGGAUUCGACAAGGAAAUCAACACUAUUGAUGGUAGAAGAAUUCCUUUGAGCAGAUCCUCUCCUAUCCAACCGGGAAGCUCCACCACAUACCCUGGAUUGGGUAUGCCAAAGAGCAAAGCCCCAACCCAAAGGGGAGAUCUCCAAAUUCACUUCAAGGUGGAUUACCCCAUCUCCUUGAAUCCUAACCAGAAACAAGCCAUCCAUGAAAACUUCUGAACAUAGCACGCAUGACCAUUAAUGAUUAUUAUAGACCCAUCAUUUAUCUAGUACAUACAAUAUAAACCUACAAUUAAACAGUAAAUAACCUUGCAAU